AUGUCAGAAAAGCUAGCUGGUUAUCCAGAAAAGUUAUUGUGUCCAUGCAAAGUUUGUCGAAACUUAAGUCACCAAUGUAUUAACAUUUUGUAUGAACACUUAGUCAUUUAUGGGAUUGAUCCAACAUACAAAAUCUGGUUUCAUCAUGGGGAAGAAUUAUCAAGAGAUGAUGAUGUAGAGACAAUGGAAACAUUUGAUUCUUACAACUUGUUUAGGGCUACAAAUAUUGAUGGUUGUGAUUUUGAAAGUCAUCUAGAAGGUCAUGAUGACACUUUUAUGGAAAAAAUAGAAGAUGCAGACACUCCAUUAUAUCCACAAUGCACUAAAUAUACUAAGUUAUCGUCAAUUGUUGCAUUGUAUAAGGUUAAAACUACCAAUGGAUGGUCUGACAAAAGUUUUGAUGAAUUGUUAAGACUUUUGAAUGAUAUGUUUCCUUUAGAUAAUAUGAUCCCCAAGUCUAUGUAUGAGGUUCGAAAAUUUCUUCGAUUAUUUGAUUUAGGAUAUGAAAAGAUUCAUGCGUGUGUUAAUGAUUGCUGUUUGUUUAGAAAAGAUAAAGAAAACUUGCAAGAAUGUCCAACAUGUGGAACUUCACGUUGGAUGUCAGAUAAGCUGACUAAAAAGGUUCGACACGGUGUCCCAGCAAAAGUUUUGAGGUACUUUCCUAUAAUCCCUAGGUUGAAACGGAUGUUCAUGUCUAAAAGAAUUUCAAAGGAAUUAAGAUGGCAUCACAACAAUAAAAGUUGCGAUGGAAAAAUGCGUCACCCAGUGGAUUCAGCAGCAUGGGAGCUAGUCAAUGAUAAAUGGCCAUCAUUUUCAAAUGAAGAGAGAAAUAUUAGACUUGGCCUUUCCACAGAUGGAUUUAACCCAUUUAGUAAUUUAAGUUCUAAGUAUAGUGUUUGGCCUGUUUUGUUGGUCAUGUACAACUUACCCCCAUGGUUGAAACAGGAGAAUAUUUUAUUAUCAAUGUUAAUUCCAAGACCUAAACAGCCUGGGAAUGAUAUUGAUAUAUACUUAGAACCCCUCGUAGAGGACUUGAAAUUAUUAUGGAAUGAGGGUGUCGAUGCUCAUGAUGCAUUGGACAAUACAAAUUUCAAGUUGCGGGCUAUUUUGAUGUGGACAAUCCAAGAUUUUCCAGCAUACGGGAACCUUGCUGAUGUUGCUGAAAAAAGUAAAAAUGGACUAAAAGCUCGCUUGGAUUUGCAACAUAUGGGUAUUAGGAGUGCAUUACACCCACAAGAGAAGGGGACUAGAACCUAUCUUCCUGCAGCUUUACACACACUAUCAAAGCUUGAGAAAGAAUUAUUUUGUAAAAGGUUGUUCUCAUUGAAAGUACCUGAUGGAUAUAGCUCAAAUAUUCGAAAUUGUGUUUCAAUGGAACAAUGCAAGCUCAUGGGUCUUAAGUCACACGAUUGCCACAUUUUGAUGCAACAAUUACUACCGGUGGCUAUAAAAGGAUUGAUGCCAUUGGGUCCAAGAGAUGCUAUAAUAAGAUUAUGCACGUUCUUUAAUCGAAUAUGUCAACGUGUUCUUGAUAGAGAAAGCAUAAUGACAUUAGAAAAUGAUGUUAUUGAAACUUUAUGCUUACUAGAGAGAUUCUUUCCACCAUCAUUUUUUGAUGUCAUGAUUCACUUAGUGGUUCAUAUCGGACGAGAAACACGACUAUGUGGACCAGUCCAAUUUCGAUGGAUACGCAUGAAGAUAUUGAAAGAUUAUGUCAGAAAUCGAGCAAGGCCUGAAGGUUGUAUUACAGAGUGUUAUCUUGCAGAUGAGUGUGUGAGCUUUUGUAAUGAAUUCACUGACCAUUCAAUUGAACUAAACACAAAAGAAGGUCGAAAUGAAGAGUGGUCAAAUGAUGUGAUACUUGAAGGUCGUCCAAUUUCUAGGAGGAAAGAAAUUAUAUUGACAGAUGAGUUGUUAGAAAUUGCACAUCGAUACAUUCUGUUAAAUACAUCUGUUGUGGAGCCUUUUCUAGAGUAA